AUGUCCCAUGGGGGCCUCACUCCGGGAGAUGGCAUUACCGGGGGAUACACAGGCAAUAGCCUGGCGUUGAAAAUCACCAUCGCAACGCUGGCCGGCAUCACCUGGUACAAUGCCAUCGAGCUCAUCAUCCUGGUCUUUGUGACCUUCAGCCGCUACAGCGGCUCGUACUUCUGGAGCUUGCUCGUCUCCGCGGUGCUGGGACUCAUCCCCUACUCGAUCGGCUUCCUGCUCAAAUUCUUCCAGUUGACCUCGCAGACCUGGCUGUGCGUCACCUGCCUCACCGUCGGCUGGUGGUGCAUGGUGACGGGCCAGUCCGUCGUGCUGUACUCGCGCCUGCACCUGGUGGUGCGCAGCCCGCGCAUCCUCCGGCGUGUCCUCCUCCUCAUCCUCGUCGACGCCGUCCUCCUCCACCUCCCCACCACCGUGUUGACCUACGGCUCCAACCUGGCCGCCUCGGACGCCGCCCGCGCCGCCUACAUCCGCGGCUACAACGUCAUGGAGAAGAUCCAGAUGACCGGCUUCUGCCUGCAGGAGUUCGUCAUCUCCGGCCUCUACAUCUACGAGACCGUCCGCAUGCUGCGCCUCGACCCGGACCGCGGCAAGCGCAAGAUCAUGUACCAGCUCGUCGCCAUCAACGCCAUCAUCAUCCUCCUCGACCUCGGCCUGCUCGUCGUCGAGUACAUGAACAAAUACAUCCUGGAGACCAUGCUCAAGGGCGCCAUCUACAGCAUCAAGCUCAAGCUCGAGUUCGCCGUCCUCGGCAAACUCGUCUACCUCGUCCACUCCCACGUCUGGAAGGUCUCCGCCGACGACUCCUAUCCCCAUCAUCCCUACCACAUCCCCCCGCACCCCGGCUCCGUCGCCGACUUCCCGGACUUCGUCGACGCCACCCGCGUCACUACCGACCUCACCCACGCCGCGCCCCUCCCUUCCUCCUCCACCUCCUUCGGGCCCCUCGCCAUCUCUCCCCGCCACCGCCGCCGCCGCUCCCAUCCCUGGAUGGACUCCGACGACAUCUCCAUCGCCAUGUUCGAGCACUCCGAGGGCGUGCCCGUCUCCAUCUCCCUCCACGAUCAAGACCAGGACCAGGACCCGGACCAGGACCGCGACAUCGGCCCCUCCAGCAUCUCGCACUCAUGGAGCGGUGAGACCCAGCGCGACACGAGUGUCAGCGUCAGCCCGCUCGACUUCACCGACUCGCUGCACAAACAGCGCGAGAGUGGAUCGGGCGGGGAGCAUCACCCGGGUUGA